GGCGGCACGGUGUACUAUAUGCGGGCGGAGCAACGUAGUCUUCCUACGGAUCCAUUGGAAUUCACUGUCCGCUAUUCAGCUCGGACUGAAGGAGGGAGGAAAGCGGCAAAGACGAGCAGAUGUUAACUGGACUACAAAAGAGAACAAGCUGUAGUUAAGGCGGAAAACCUUCGAUUCGUCUAAUAUGUGGCAGCCUGCGUCGGAGCGAUUGCAGCACUUCCAGACCAUGCUGAAGACCAAGCUGAAUGUGCUGACGCUGAGGAAGGAGCCGUUGCCCACGGUGAUCUUCCAUGAACCCGAGGCCAUCGAGCUGUGCUCCACCAAUCCGCACGCGAAGAGCAGGACUCACGCCGGAUACAAGGUGAACUACCUGGGCAAGGUGACCAUCACCGGGACCCAGUUCCUGUCGGGCUGCACGGAGUCGGCGGUGAUGGGGCUGGUGGAGCGCCGAGGGCGGGCCCCGACGCAAGGCACCAACGCCCUGUUGGAAAUCCGGCCCUUCCAGGUGCGCCUCCACCACCUGGACGACCACAACGAGGCCUCUGUAACCAUGGACACGUACCAGGUGGCGCGGAUAGCCUACUGCACGGCGGACCACGGCGUGCGGCCAAACGUGUUCGCCUGGAUCUACCGGGAGAUCAGCGACGACCUGUCGUUCCAGAUGCACUGCCACGCCGUGGAGUGCCAGAGCAAGCUGGAGGCCAAGAAGCUGGCCCACUCCAUGAUGGAGGCCUUCCGCAAGACAUUCCACAGCAUGCGCAGCGACGGACGGAUCCACAAGAGCGGCUCCUCGGACGACUUUGCAGAGGAUUCCUCCAUCGCAGAGGACAUCACCCCUGACGAUGGUUGAAGAAGAAGAAGAAGAAGAGCGACCACCCCCCCCCCCCCCCAUCACCCCCUCCCACACACACACACACACGCACUACACACACACACCCACACCCCCCAAACCCAACCCAAACACAAGGGGGGGGUGACUGGAUACAUAUAAGAGACCACCUCUGUCUCUGAUUGUCCCUUACACGUUUUCUUUCUUUUAAAGUAUCUUAAUACGGAGUAUGUAUGUAAAGGACAUGUUUCUAUUUUUUUUUAACUCAACUAAAUUAAGUGGGCUUUAAUGAAACGGGUUUGGCAUAAAUCAUUGCUUAUUAGUAGGUAACCCUCCAGUCUAAAUGGGACCUUGAAGCACAAGCCCGAUAUAGUAUGUCCAUAAGAGAUUUGCCUGACUAUUAAGAUACUGGUCCUCCACCACUGUCCUGUCUCUGACGUAGGUCAUGGUUCUUAAGCUUUUUUAGACUGAGACUAGAUUACAUUUUUUCCUUCUUUUGAGUAAGGGGAAAAAUGAAAGAAAGGACAGCGAUAUGUCUUCCUUAGGGAGACACAUAAUAUACUUUGUUUCAUCCGUUAGUUUGUCCCGUUUUUAGUCCUGGCUCACAUAAAAAAAAAAACAUUCUAUUUUUUUGUAGAUUACUACCAGAAUAGUAUAUGUGUCCUUAUUGUAGAAAAUGAGGAUGUGGAAAAACGUAUUUGGUUGUUGUCACUACAGUACUUUCUAGGUGUCGGUGGAUUGUGUUGCCCUCAUCUAAAGACCAGAACAGCGGGACUUUUACCUGUGUCUGAGUGCUUUUAAAGGGUUGAUAAAUAAAAAAAUAAGAUUUUUAAAAUACGGAGAAUAUGUACAGGGUGUACGUCUAAGAGAAGACAUUGCUGAUAUUUUAGCUAAGUUUUAUAUGAUUGGAAGUACUCAUUAGGCCAUACGACCGGGCCGACAAACCGAGUCACCUUGAUCACUCCCAUCUGAUGUGGUGUGACUGUGCUAGCCGGUGUCAGGCUGUGUCCCUUGCCUGUCGAUACUUGUGCCUCACACUUUAUUCUCACUGUAGGUUGGCGUCUCAUAGUCGUGUCCCAAUCUAUCGUGCGAGUGUGUGCGAAUGCAUCCACACGCGUGCCAACAUUUUACAGUAUUUGUGUCUAAGUGUAUUUGCUUAGUCCCAGUGUGUAUGAAUGUACACAAGAGUGUUUUGUAGGAGAGGGCCGAGUUUUAAAGAAAGAGGGAGGGAGGCCGGGGGAGAAGGCCAAGCUAGGUACGGGGAGGAGGAGCAAACUAUGUAUGGCCUGAUAAUGAUCAAAGUGUAUCAGAGCUGUCCUGCAGCAUCCAGUUCUGAUGCCUCAGCUGACAUUGAUUUAACUUUGAAGAUGGUACCACGACCAGUUGCCAUAUAUAUCAUGAUUUCCAUGAUUUUUCUUUUUUUCUAUAAACCUUAAAUCGGUACGUGAAUAUGAGAUAUCACAGAGACGGAAGUUAUUUAGGACCCCUAGAACUCAGCCGUCCAACAGAAUGCCUGAAGCUUCCUGGCCUCUGCUGAAUGUAUGAUGAGUCCAAUGUGCUGCAAGCUCCUCCCCGCCUCUCGAGUUACUCCAUUCCUUGAUAUCUCCUAGCUGGAACAAUGGAACAUGGUUCUCUGCUGUGGCCACGGCUCAGGCUUUUACACUCACACAAGCAGACAAAUGCAACAGAGGGCCUCCACCACAUGUGUAGGCUUCUUGACUGCGUCUGGGAGCAAUCUCACAUAGACUCAUUCUCCCCUGGUGCAAAAAUUCAACUGAAUGACCCGAGUGGCCAUUUUGAUAGAGGCAGAUGAAGGCGCUCAGGUCCAACAGAGCCUCGACCUUCUCCUAGCUUGACCGUCAAACAUGCUGGACUCUCUUAAGUGGGAGAAAAAUUGGGUUUGUGACUCGGCAGAAUGAUCAGAUGGCUUUGGUCAGUACAUAUAUAAAUAUAUAAAUACAUAUAUAUAUAUAUAUAUAAAUUUACAUUGUAUUUGAAACUCACUCAAUAAGCUUAUGUAAAUACAAAUGUAUCAAUUUCCAAAUAUAGGCUAACAGCAUAAUUGUUGACAGCUAUUUUGAAUAAAAUGUGGAGAAUCAACCAUCCUACGAUACAGAAACAGUGUUAUUAAGCCUACUGUGAAUAUCUGGCCAGCCUGGUAAUUGCUGUGUGUGUGUGUGUGCGUGUAUGGUGUUGGAUUACAUCAUAAUGUGCGCGUGUCUGAGGGGUGAGUUAUUGUCCGGAGGGGGGGGGUACAUGUGGCGGGGUAUCUAUACGUGGCCUGCAACUGAUGAAGGCCAGAAGGGGAGAGAGCGUUUAUAAAACUGUAGAUUACUGUGUCCUGUCUGUCUGAACGCUCAGACGUGCUUUAAAUGUUUUACAGAAAAAAAUGUUACCAUAAGUGUUUUCUAUACAGUGUUUGCAAAAGAUCAAGAAACAAUUACAUAUAAACUAUUUACCAAGACCAAUUUA